AUGGGCCGGAAAUCUCGAAUGCGGCUGGGGGAGCAGCACCGCUCCGCCUGGUGCUUCGCCCUGCUGGUGCUGGGCUACCUGCUCUACUUGGUCUUCGGCGCCGUGGUGUUCUCCUCGGUGGAGCUGCCCUACGAGGACCUGCUGCGCCAGGAGCUGGGCAAGCUGAAGCAGCGCUUUCUGGAGGAGCAGCCCUGCCUCUCAGAGCAGCAGCUGGAGCAGUUCCUGCUGCGGGUGCUGGAGGCCAGCAACUACGGCGUCUCGGUGCUCAGCAACGCCUCGGGCAACUGGAACUGGGACUUCACCUCCUCCCUCUUCUUCACCAGCACGGUGCUCUCCACCACGGGUUAUGGACACACAGUGCCUUUAUCUGAUGGAGGAAAGGCCUUUUGCAUCAUCUACUCGGUCAUCGGGAUCCCUUUUACACUGCUUUUCCUAACAGCAGUGGUGCAGCGCAUCAUUGUUUAUGUCACCAGGCGCCCUGUACUAUAUUUCCACAUUCGCUGGGGCUUCUCCAAGCAGGUUGUUGCAAUUAUCCACGCCGUGGUCCUUGGGUUCAUCACGGUCUCGUGCUUUUUCUUUAUCCCAGCAGCAAUAUUUUCUGUUCUGGAAGAUGACUGGAAUUUUUUGGAAUCUUUUUACUUUUGUUUCAUUUCCCUGAGCACCAUUGGCCUUGGAGACUAUGUGCCAGGAGAAGGCUACAAUCAAAAAUUCCGAGAGCUAUAUAAAAUUGGAAUUACGUGUUAUCUGUUGCUGGGGCUUAUCGCAAUGUUGGUGGUUCUCGAGACUUUCUGCGAACUCCAUGAGCUCAAAAAGUUUAGGAAAUUGUUUUAUGUGAAGAAGGACAAGGAAGAGGACCAAGUGCAUAUAAUGGAACAUGACCAGCUCUCCUUCUCUUCCAUCUCAGACCAAGCAACCUCCAUGAAGGAGGAUCAGAAGGCAGACGAGCCUUUUGUGACUUCUCAGUCCCCAACCUCCAAUGACAGCUCUAUAAACAAUUAAUACAAGGGCAUCCAUACCAUUGUUUUGGUGCAUUUAUGCUAUUUAGCAUAGGAAAUAGAAUGCCUCUUCUUUUACAAAAAUAUGAAAGGUGGAAGACUGUGCUACUUUAAUAAGGAUUCAUCACUUCGGACAUAGAAAAGACUCUUAGGAAAACUGUGGGAGCCACCCUGGGAGAUCAGGGAAAAAACAAUGUAGGCUGUGGCUGGGAACUUUAGGCCAUUUUGCUUGAGGAGUAAGGAAUUAGGUGUACUGCUUUCAAAGGUGCCAGAGAGAAGGGCUUGCACGAGCAACCUCGUACAACAUAUUUAGGAGAGCAGGCCUUCACUGACAUCCAACUCAUUUAGUUGUAUGCCCUUCUUGGAACUGGAUGAAAUAGCAAAUUGUGGGAGAUGCACUUCUGUCUCAGAAGUAUUCACAGAUUUAAUCCAAUCACAACACACGGUAUUUUCAUCUGGAAAACACGUCCAGAGCAAUAUCUACCAACCUCCUGGAGGGAAGCAUCUAGAUCAUCCCUCUACUACCCAGUAACAUCCAAGUGCAAAAAAUAGGAAUUAAAAAACAAGGCUGUUCUCUCUGCUCAGGCCAUUUACAUUCAAAUUUCCUGCCUCCUUAAAAGCUCCCCUGAUCACAAGAAUAAUGCUGGCCUGAAGAGAGCGUUCCUCAAGUCCUCUUGCUGAUGCCGUUGUGUUUUGUGUAAAAUGCUUCCAUAAACUCAGAGGUAGCAAGACCAACUCAAAAGUGCUGGAUGAGACAGGGUUUUAGGGAAGGGAGACAGCUGUGUUUCAGUCCUCUCCUCUGAAAUGCGUGGGGAAUUUUUUUUUUUUUUAAACUAAGUGGAACAGUAUCAACAAGAGAACUAAGAUGCAGUAUAUGCCAUAUUCAGUAUAGUCACAUGCUUAGGGCAUUCUCCUGGGAGAGGGGUGAAAUCUGUUCAGCAGAGGAAGGACUCGGCCCUAUUUCUUCCACAGUCCAACCCAGUGUGUGCUCUUUACUGAGCUGUUAGGUAACUGCAGAUACAGAAAUAGUGUCAACUUCGUGAAUGUAGCCCUUUGUCGUCUUUUGCUUUUCUACCAAGUACUCGGAGCACUUUGUUUGGAGGAGAAUAGAAUGUUUUGGGGCAAAACAAACAAAUUUUCAGUUUUUCGUACGGCAAGAAAAAAGGAAAAAUGUCACAUUUGGUUCAGAUGGAACCGAAUUUUUUUCCCCUUGGGAAAAGUCACUAAGAAGCCAAGACCCCACUCAACUUCUGGAGAUGGAAUCUCUUUGGCUGUAAUAGAGAGGCGUUUUAGACCAGCUACCAGUCACUGUGCUGAACACAGGGAUCUCAGAGUGAAUUUCAGUGAGCAGAAGGUGAGACUACAUGGUCACAGUACUUCUGGCCUUAAGAAUCUACAAAAUGGGAAUUUUGCUAACUGCUGUGCAAUGGACAAAGGACCUAGAGCACAAAUAGCCAUAUUAGGGCAGCCUCCCACAUAUGAAUAGUGUAGAGGAGAGCCUUUUCCCUGCAGUGGAAGCAUGUUGGAUUGCCUGUAGUUUGGCUUUUAGCGUUUAGAGCUGAUCAUCAAUAGCCUAGUGUAAAAGCAAAACAAAAACUUGCAAUGUGUCUAGGUUUAGCUCACAUGGGAAAAAUACUUGAAAGUAAAUUACCCAAAAUGUACUGUGUUUGAGCUUAACUAUAGCUAGCAUCGAACAGACUUUCUAUAUUUACUCAAAAAUAAAAAAAAAAAACUUUAUGGUUAAAUCAGCUAAAAGUCUUCAAUUAAAAUUUAUAUUUGUAAGAAAACCAGAGCUAAAGGUUGUGGUUGUUUUAGGUGAAAGCAUAUUGUGUUUGCAUGUUCCCAGGAAAGUGGCUAUUUUUAUACUGCUUAAGGUAAGACAGUUCUAUUUAUAAUGAAUGCUAGCCAAUAUAUAUGUACAUAUAUACAUAAGUAUAUUUAUAUACUGUACAUAUAACUCAGAGUUUAACUGACUUAGGAAUGGCAUUUUAGAUAAUGAUUUUUUCCUAGACUUCUCUUUGUAUGAAGAAUAAUUGAAAACUAUGUCAUUAUGGUGACAUUGACAUGAGAUUAAGAGUACUGUACUACAAGAAACAUUUAUACUGUUUUUUUCAGUGGAGUUUUAUUGAUUGUCUCCGGUACCUUAAAAUUCAAGACUUUUUAGUUUCAGUGUAGCAUUAAGCUCUAAAGAAAUGGAUAUGCACAGAUGCUAAAUGAUAUUCCAAGAUAAUUUUGCAGUGUGUGCACAAUUGCAAAAUAGAGAUACUUGAAAUGAAAGCACAACAUUCAAAGCAGAAGCGAUAAACUAAGCAGUAUAUUGUGAUGUAGGUGAAUAUUUGUUAUUUUAAAUUUAAAUAAAAAACUCAGCUUUUGGCUGCCUGCACUAUGAA